CGGGAACCUACCGACACCAUGAAAUGCUCACUACAAGCGUCUAAGAUGUCUUGACCUCCGAGGAACUAUAGCAUCAAUAUGAAUCAGGAAAAGUUAGCAAAACUUCAAGCGCAAGUCCGAAUAGGUGGAAAGGGCACAGCCCGCAGAAAGAAGAAGGUAGUGCACAGAACAGCAACUGCAGAUGACAAGAAACUUCAGAGUUCCCUCAAGAAAUUGGCAGUAAAUAAUAUUGCUGGCAUUGAAGAGGUGAAUAUGAUUAAAGAUGAUGGCACAGUUAUCCAUUUCAACAACCCCAAGGUCCAGGCGUCACUCUCUGCCAACACAUUUGCAAUUACCGGCCAUGCAGAAGUAAAACAGAUAACAGAAAUGCUCCCAGGGAUCCUCAGCCAGCUUGGAGCUGACAGCCUCACAAGUCUACGCAAGUUAGCUGAACAGUUUCCCAGACAGGUUUUGGAUAGCAAAGCAUCCAAGCCUGAGGACAUAGAAGAGGAGGAUGAUGAUGUUCCUGAACUUGUAGGGAACUUUGAUGAAGCAUCAAAGAAUGAAGCAAACUGAGAGAUGCUGUUCUUUGGAAGAUAACAUGGACUUGAUUUUAACAAUAUGAAAAUCGACUGUGUGGUUCCAAAGUUUUACAAGCAAACAUCAUGUUAAUAGUUCCAUAAUAUAAAUAUUUUGUAUUUUAACAAUGCUGUUACAGCAUUUUUCUCUCUGUGUAUUUUGCGUUUUGCACUUCCCCAGGACUGACCUUUUGGACAAAGUGAAAAAUGGCAUUUGUGUCUGCUCUUAAGUGCUGCUCAGAGAGCAGGCAGCCUCUGAUAACACUUUAUUUCUUGCCCCAUAUGUAGAAAUAAAAAAAACAAAACUUCA